UACCUCCCUCCCUCUCUGCUGCAGAAGAUGAAGAUAAGGUUCUUAUUCUCUGCACCCAAAUAAAGUACAGAAAAUAUUUGAGAAAGAAUUUCGUUAUAGGAGACGAAAUCUAUUCGCAACUGAGGCUUCUUUUGUAGCCAUGGCUUCAAUCCCUGCAUUUGGAGAUACCCAUUUCGUGUCUUCGUUCCACACAGCCGUAAAACCCUCUAAAACCCCUCCGAAUCCUCUGAAUCCCACCAUCCUCUUUCCCUUCCCCUCCGCCACUUCCGCCGGUAAGUCUACGAGAACCCUCUGCCAAGCUUCCCCAAGUGAAUCUCCUCCAAAACCGCCUCCGAAUUUAGCGGAGCAGCUGCAGCCUCUCUACCAGAGGCUUCUCUCUCAGAGCAACACCGCCAACUCCUCCCCUGCCCAACCCUUGCGGAAACCCAAAUCCACAUGGGUCAAUCCCUCCAGGCCCAGGCACUCUGUGCUCACUCUACAGCGCCACAAGCGCCUCUCCCAUGCUUGGAAUCCCCACCUCAAGGAGCUCAAGGUCUUCGUCAAGAAACUCAACGAUUGCGACCUCUCUCAGGCGUCCCUGGAGACCUCCCUUGCCGAACUUGAACAGCCACCAAGCAAAGAGGACGCCCUCUUGAUCCUCAAUAGUUUGAGACCAUGGCAGAAGGCCCAUCUCUUCUUCAAUUGGUUGCAGACCCACCACGCCGAAUUCGCCUCCGAGACCGUCUUCUACAAUGUGGUCAUGAAGAGCUUGAGGUAUGGGAAGCAGUGGGAGAUCGUCGAAGGCCUCGCCAGAGAGAUGAUUCAGAAAGGUAUCGCUUUCGACAACGUUACUUACUCUACCAUCAUCACAUGCGCUAAGAAAUGCCGGCUUUUUGAAAAGGCCAUCGAAUGGUUUGAUAGAAUGUAUCACACUGGUUGUAUGCCUGAUGAAGUUACCUACUCUGCAAUUCUUGAUGUUUAUGCUAAACUGGGUAGAGUAGAGGAUGUCUUGACUCUGUAUGAGAGAGGUAGAGCAGAUGGGUGGCAGCCGGACGUCGUAGCUUUCUCCGUUCUGGGCAAAAUGUUCGGGGAGACUGGAGAUUACGACGGAAUCCGGUAUGUCCUGGAGGAAAUGAAAAGUAUCGGUGUUAGGCCAAAUGUGAUUGUGUAUAAUACGUUUCUAGAAGCACUGGGCAAGGCUGGGAAACCAGGUCUGGCGAGGAGUCUUUUUGAGGAGAUGACCAGUGCUGGCCUAACGCCUGACGCUAUUACGCUGACUGCGCUCGUCAAGAUUUACGGGAAGGCGAGGUGGGGAAGAGACGCCCUGCAACUUUGGCAACAGAUGAAGUUGAACAAAUGGCCAAUGGACUUCAUUCUUUACAAUACUUUGUUGAGUAUGUGUGCUGACCUUGGGCUUGAAGAUGAAGCAGAGAAGCUGUUUGAAGAUAUGCGUCAAUCAAUCAACUGCAAGCCAGACAGUUUUAGUUACACCGCGCUGCUUAACAUCUAUGCUAGUGGCGGUGAAGUUGAGAAGGCUCAGAAACUGUUUGAAGAGAUGCUGGAAUCUGAAAAUAAGCUCAAUGUCAUGAGUUCUACCUGCCUUAUUCAAUGUUUUGGUAGAGCCAGGAGAAUCGAUGAUGUGGCGAGAGUGUUUGAUGUUGCAGUUGACAGAGGAAUAGUACCAGAUGAUAGGAUGUGUGGAUCGCUCUUGUCUGUAGCCUCUUUCUGCGAGAAUGAUGAGGUUGAUAAGGUUCUUGCUUGCUUGGCAAGAGUAAAUCCUAGGCUGGUUAGGUUUGUAGAAAUGAUCAGCAACCCAGGAAUCGAUUUUGAAAUGGUUAAAGAAGAGUUCAGAGCAGUACUUAAUGAAGCUUCUGUUGAAGUGCGGAGGCCUUUCUGCAAUUGUCUGAUAGAUAUAUGUCGCAAGCGCAACCUCGCUAGCAGGGCUCAUGAAUUGCUUUAUUUGGGAGUCGUCUUUGGCUUGUACUCUGGACUGCAUACCAAAUCCAACAGCGAAUGGUCCUUAAACCUCAGAAACUUGUCAGUAGGUGCGGCUUAUACUGCACUUGAAGAUUGGGUGAGAGCUCUGUCAAAAGCUGUUCAAAGAGACGAAGCGUUGCCCGAGUCGUUUGCAAUUCAUACGGGUGUUGGAGCUCAUAAGUUCUCUAAGGGUCUGUCAUCUAUUUUUGAUUCGCACUUAAAAAAGAUGGCUUCACCGUUCAAUCUGAAUGACCAGAGGCCUGGAUGGUUCAUAGCUUCACAAGAUGAAGUGGUUUCAUGGGUGCAAAAUGGGGAUUUAUCCACCUUAGCUGCCACAUAGCAGAGGAUCUUACGCGUUUAAAUUAAAAGCAAUGGCUUUCUUAUUCUCCGCAGCUUAUACUUCUUAGACGAGUACCUAUUUCCUUCUGGCUUUGUAAAAGUAUAUCAGAGUAAAAUUUAAGAUGCUAAGAUUGAACAAUUCUUUCCA